AUGAAGAGCAUAACAGUGUCCACGGAGUGUGUUUACAGUCAGAAGAGGCGAUAUACUACAGCAGACAAUCCGUAUAAAAUAGAUUUUUGCAAAGAAGUGCGAAAACGUUGGCUGGUGUUCGGGGUGCUAGCGGCCAUCGCACUCGCGGUGAUCUCGCCACGGCUCGGCGCGACCGGAGGACCAUUGCACGCUGAGUACCUCUGCUGGGUGCCAUCUUCUGUAAUCUUCUUCGGUGCGGGCGCGCGGCUCCGGCGCCCUAGGGCUCCGGCUAAGGCCCUGCGGCUGGCGGCGGCGGCAGCUUUACACGCUCAUGUGGCGGCGCCUGCGUUGGCUGUCUGUGCAGUCACUGUGUUCAGUGCAGCGCUACACGGGCCUGUUAUCAAUGGCGCGCUGCUGUCGUCGGUGGGGUCGGGGUGCGCGUGGUGGUCGCUGGCGCUGGCGCCGCGCGCCGCGCUGCCCGCCGCCGCCAGCUACGCGGCGUCUCUGUUCGCGACGCCACUGAGCGCCUUGUUGCUGUGCGGCCGCACCAGCAUCCCCCCACUAAGCGAAGUCCUCUCCACGGCCCUGCGCACUCUUAUCCCGUUCACCGUCGGCUGCGCGACGACUCCGAUGCGGCAAGAGUUCGCAGUCCGGCUGGCCGCGCUGGCCUUAGUGUACGCGGAGUGUUGUGAGAGGCUGAACGCUGCUGAAGGCGGACUGUUAGCUGGAGACGUACUGGCGACGCUGUUAGUAGAGGUGUGCUGGCUGGCGCUGAGCCUGUGCGCGUGCGCGGCCUACGCGCGCUGGUGCGGCGCGCGCGGCGCCAGGCUCAUAGCGCUCGUCGCGGUGCCUAAAGCGCUGGACCAAGGCUGGGGCGCGGCGGCGGCGUGCCGGCUGCCCGCGCUGGCGCGCCUGCCCGCCGUGUUCGCGGCGCCCGCGCAGGCGCUCAUGCUCGCCGCGCUGCACGACCACCACCACCACCACGACCACGACCACGACCACGACCACGACCACGACCCCAGUGACAGCGACCGAGACGAUCAGGACCAACUGCCCUUCUGAUUACCACGACACCUUCCGUAACAAUAACAACACCUUCCAUGUCCCCAUACAAUACUUAUUUGUGCAACAAGAGAGGAAAGUUGGUUUUUCUUGCGAGUGUUGAUUUUGACUAAAAAACACGAGAUGUAAAAUAGCUUUACAGUACAUAUGGUGCUACUUUCUCGCACUAGUGCGUCAAAUAGCACUUUUCGUGCAUAUGUCGAAAGUUUAAAGGGCCAUAUGUACUGUAAAACGUUGUACGAUAUACGUGCGAUUCGAUUUAAAACACUCCCUGCGGUCGUAUUUUAAUUUAUCGCCACUCGUUUCGAAUUUCCUUUUUUCCGCACUUGUAUCGUAAAUAACUAUUGCUCUCGUGUUGCACAUAUAAUUUUUCACCUCAGUAGUGAGAACAUAUUAAAGGUUAAAAUGUAUUUCGAAUUUGUAAUAGACCCCGAAGUAUGUAGUGGCAGUUCAUGGCCUUCACUAAAUUAAAAAGCUACUUUGUUUCACUCCCUGGAGUGACGAAAGUCGCACAUUCCUCACUCUCUGGAGUGACGAAAGUAGGCUUGUUCGAGCUGCUGAGGUGAAAAAUGAUAUAACAGUCCCACGUCCAAGUGUGUUGCCACUUUAAAGUUGUGAAUCCAUAUCGGAAGCACGGAUAAAAAAAUAAAGCCUCAUGACCCAUGGGGGCACCCGGCACCCGGUCCCACGUCCAAGUGUGCUGCCACUUUAAAGUUGUGAAUCCAUAUCGGAAGCCCGGAUAAAAAAUUAAAGCCUCAUGACCCAUGGGGGCACCCGGUCUAAUAGGGUCCGACGGAAACCAGAGUUUAGUAAAUAAGGAAGCCUGCCAGCCCUCAUACGACGUCAGUUUUGUAGAUGCCGUUCAUUAUAUACAGGGUGGGACGUCGUGACAGACGUAAUCAAGACGCGUUUUUAGCAUGAUCGACUGUAGGUUGUGAAAUUAUCAAAACCUUCAAUUCUAAUUAUAAUAAUAAUAAAAAAUAAUAAUAAAAUUCUUUAUUUCAGGCCAGAUUGCCCAUAGAUUGUUAGUUAUAUACAGACUUAUAAUAUUAGAAUUAGUACAUCUUAACCUAGGUAUAACAGUUUUUUUUUUUUUACUUAUUUGGGGUCCCGGUAAACAGGACGAUGAGCCGACGCCCAGUGGCUAAAAAACGGACAAUCCCACCUCUCGGCUAUAUCUACCAGCAAGCUGUUGGUGCUACCCCGCAGGCGAUACAUUUGAGAGGCGAAUUAUGCGAAUGCGAAUUAUGACUAAUCAGACCAAACUAUCCGUCGACUUGGCAAACGACAGAGUGUAACCGUGCAACCAUAAUAACGUCAAAUUUAUAUAAAAAUAAGACGUAUUUAGUGCUAUUUAUACACUUCGUUGCUGCAAUCUUGCAAAGUCGCUGAAGAGUUUAGAAGAAAUCUAGGAAUUACAAAUCUGAUCCUUACUAGAAAAUUAGGACCAAGUUCUAGCAAUUUUUGUGGCCUUUACUUAGACUAGAAUUUUGAGCUCAACUCCGUAGCUAGAAACAUUUAAAAUCAUUCGUAGCUGUAACAGUUUGAACAACUAAAUUAAUGCUCAUUUACCUGAAUUUUAAUGUAGAUAAUUAAUGAACGUAGGUACAUACAAAGGUUUUAAAUCACAUUGAAUAGUUUUUCGUCAAGUAGCUAUAAAUACUAUAAAUUUGCAAUUUCCAUGCGAUGUUUAGUUUUUUUGCUAUCACAUAUUAUGAACAGCAUAUUAUGAACAAAUUUAUAAUUUUUAGUUUGAAUUAAUCCUACAAAUUGUAAUAUAAACUUACUAUAAUUGAUCAAGCAAAUCUUGUCAGUAGAAAAAGGCGGUAAAUUAAAAAAAUGUAGGCGCGAACGGUUAUCGUCCCGUAUAAAAUUUGAAUGUCGCGCCUUUUUCUACUGACAAGAUUUGCUUGACCAACUAUAGUUUAAGUAGGUACAUGCUUUUGAUUCUUUAAUCUGUUAUUAAAAUAUUUCUUUUAUAGUAUGAAUUAUCACAAUUGAUUUUUUCGCCCAAACCCUAUGCCGUUAAACAAAAGGCAUUGUUUCUUUUGUGCGCCGCGGUGGCUACCUCAUUUCUCAUUAGUGAAAAGGAUCACGCCCGUGUUAAAGGCAAUUUUAGCUUGCUACACAUAGGGCUCAAAUUUAUGUAACAGCUUUUGCUAUCUCCGAAUAUUCUUACCUGUCAUCCUACAUUACCCAAACGACCUGAAUUUGAACCAUAAAAGUAGUAAGCUAAAAAAGCCUUUUUCACCUCAGCAGCUCGAACAAGCCUACUUUCCUCACUCCCUAGAGUGAGGAAAGUGCGACUUUCCUCACUCCAGGGAGUGAAACAAUGUAGCUUUUUAAUUUAGUGAAGGCCAUGAACUUCAUACUUUUAUUAAAAAAAAAUUAUGGUAUGGUACGGUACGGUACGGUACUGUACGGUACGGUAGUACGGUACGGUACGGUACGCUACGCUACGGUACGGUACGGUCCGGUCCGGUCUCGUCUCGUAUCGUAUCGUAUCGUAUCUUAUCUUAUCGUAUCGUACAUAUUAUAAUAAUUUUUUUUCUGUUUAUUCUGUGUAAUUCGAAAUACAUUUUAACCUUUAAUAUGUUCUCACUACUGAGUCCCUCGCUACGCUCAAGAUUCUACCUUAGAAUCACUCGCUUCGCUCGUGAUUCAAUUAUAGAGUCUUUCGCUUUCUCGGGACUCAAAAUAAACACUCGCAAGAAAAACCAACUUUCCUCUCUUGUUGCACAAAUAACUAUUAAACGGCGUGAUCCUUUUCACUGAUGAGAAAUGAGGUGGCCGCCGCGGCGCACAACAGAAACAAUGCCUUUUAAUAAAAUAAAUAAAUAAAUAAAAAAUAAAUUGAUUUUAUUUCAGGCAAGCACCCAUAUAAAACACAGAAUUACCUAUAAGAUGAGACAAGUGUAAAAAGUUAAAAUUAAAAAUAACAGUUAAAAAUAACAGUUAAAAAUCAAAAUCAAUAAUUAUAUAUUUAAAAUUACAAUUUAAAAUAAAAUAAAAUAACCUACUACUUCCGGUUCGCAUCUUGAUGCAGAGACAGCCAAAACCUACAAAUUGGACUUUGCAAAUCCUCACUAAUUACGGCAAGGAUACAGUUUUCAGUGCUUUUGUUUAACAGCUAAGGGUUUGGGAGAAAAAAUCAUUUGAGAUAAUUCGUACUAUAUUUCUGAUCCCGUUUCGGAAGUCACCCUGUAUUAUGUAUUAUCUUGUAAGACUGGUCUUCCAAAUAGAUAUCUUGGUUGUGUAUAAUACGAGUAUACAAAACUAACUUCCACCGCAUUAUACUUUCUUCGUAUUCGAAAUGAAAAGUAGUGUUUAACUCGGGUGAAAGGCAUCACUUCUGCCUUCGUCCGCGCCGCGUUAAACAACUUCAACGGGUUGAAUCCCCAAAAAAUGUUUGUUAGUGGUUUUCAUUUUUAACACGCUUUUAUUAAGUCGACCUGUAUGUAACUAUGUAAUGGAAUCUAAGGUAACUAAUUUAACCAUCUUCCCGGUUUCCGAUGAAGCUGAAAAUUUGCAUACGCAUGUAAGUCGGGUGACAAUGCAAUAUUAUGAUACCUUCGAGCUGAUCUGAUGAUGAAGACAGGUAGUGGUCAUAGGAACUCUGUGAUAAAACAACGCAACCUAAUUGUGUUUGGGGUUUUUUAGAAUUGUCUCGAUGAGUAUUAGUUGCCUGUGGAAAAAAGUACAGUCAGCGAUAAAAGCUUGUACCAAAAAUGAAAUUUUUGCCAAAAACUUAUUCAAAGACCUGUUUUCAAUGGUUUAGCUCAUUUAUAGUUGGUCAAGCAAAUCUUGUCAGUAGAAAAAACCGGCAAAUUUAAAAAAUGUACACGCGAAGGGAUAUUGUCCCAUAGAAAAUUUGAAUUUGCUUGACCAACUAUAUAUUAAUUCUAUUGGAAUGCUAAUUUCUUGAAAUAAAUAUUAAAUAUUUUAUUUAUUUGAUACGUCAUGAUAUUUGGAAUGAAAUAAAAACAAAU